CUACCAUACAAACAAAACGGAAAUAUUCAAAUGUCAUGCAUCAUAGCGCACGCCUUUGUAAUGUCAACAUUAGGCUACAGUUGUUGGAUACAAUAACUUUGACGUCAGUGAGAUGUUUGGAAUAGGCUAGUGGAAAGUAAACCUGAUCUAUCUUCUGUUGAAUACAAGCAAAUGUGUUUUCUAUGCAUCUCUCUUAGUGUAGGCUAUUUAAAUAACUGCAUCGGUAAUUACUAAUUGACAUUUGUGCGUCUUCUUUGGUGGUAUCAGAUUCCCCGCUGUCGCCUUCCAUCAAUUUUGUUUCCUAGUCUGUCCGGAGAGAAAGCCCUUAGAUGACGUCACGAUCUCCCCACAAGAUAAGCCAGAAAUUUAGUCCCGCGCAGGGAAUGAUUUACGGUAUAAAAAGACACAGCGACAGAGACGGUUUCUCACCGGAGAGGAACAGUAAUUACAGGGGGCAGGGGAAAGUUUGACAACCUUGCUCUUGGCUGGUCUCAAGUCUGCAUUCUACUACACUACUUCUCUGCAGAGGGCAGUUGUAUGCACCCAAAGUUACACCGUGGCGCAAGUGAGGAUCCACCCAAAUUUACUUUCCAAGUCAUUAAUGAGAGUUUGUAACAACAACCGGUUGGGGAAGAAGACCGACGGCCAAAAUGUGCAAGAAAAGGUGAACUUACAAGAUUCAAGAGUGGACGCGCCACCCGCGAAUCGGAAAAUGGGCAUGCUUAGCGUGGACCUGUUAGUGACUUUGCAGAUCCUGCCGGGGUUCUUUUCAAACUGUCUGUUCUUCGUACUCUACGACUCGGUGGUGCUGGUGAAACGUGUGGUAUCACUUCUGAGUUUUUCGGGGUCGGCGCCCGUGGGCGAGUGGCAGCGCAUGUUAACCUCAGCCGGCGUGCGCUCAAUAUGGAACAGCUUUCUCCUGGAUGCCUACAAACAGGUCAAGCUCGGCAGCGAGGCACCCAACUCCAAGGUAGUGAAGGUCAACGGUCUGAGCAGCCGAUGUCGCAGCCCCACCAGCGACCCCCAGGACGUGUGCCGCCUCCUCGACUUCGAGUCGUCCGACCGCCCUUUAGUGGUCAACUUUGGCUCGGCCACCUGACCCCCCUUCAUUAGCCAACUGCCCAUUUUCCGGCGGUUGGUUGAAGAGUUCUCCGAUGUGGCGGACUUCCUCCUGGUCUACAUCGACGAGGCACACCCCUCCGAUGGCUGGGCCGCCCCUCCCAUGUCCCCCUGCUCGUUUGAAGUGAGGAAGCACCGCAGCCUGGAGGAACGCGUCCUGGCUGCCAAGCAGCUCCUCGACCAGUUUUCCCUGCCCCCGCAGUGCCAGCUCGUAGCCGACUGCAUGGACAACAACGCCAACGUGGCCUACGGCGUGUCGUACGAGAGGGUGUGCAUCGUCCAGAAGAAAAAAAUAGCCUACCUGGGAGGAAAGGGUCCCUUUUUCUACAACCUGAAAGAAGUCAGGCACUGGCUUGAACAAAGUUAUGGGAAGCGAUAAUUUCCAGCCAUGAGAGAGAGAGUGAAAGAGAGAGUGAGAGAGUUGCAGAUCUCCUUCCUUAAAAAGAGAGAGUAAUUUAUUUUUGUACAGUGGUGAAAACAAGGAAGGUGUAAUGCACUCAGAGCUGCGUGGUGACCUUAGUGAAGCCAAGUUUAACGUAACAUCCUGCAACCACCAACAGUUCAUCAGAAGAAAACAGACACUCUCCACAACCUUCAAAUGACAUGGAUUGUGUUGUAAAUGGACAAAGUCCAAGCUGGACAUAGCAAACUCAAAGCGUACUCCUAAUGCACUAUCGAUAACUAUACAACAUAACAUUCACUAUUAAUGUCUUUCAAAAUAUUUCUAGUCAAAAUCUCAACGCUACAGAAUGCCACACAAAUUACCCUUUGAAAAGAAAAACCAAAUUGCUGAACAGAGAAAAAGCACAACUACCCAGCUUUUAUACAAAAAAAGAGAUAAAUUAAUUUAUUUUAUUGAGUUGUAAUGUUUGUUGUUUUUACUCCAUUGUAAUAUAUGCCCAAUUUGUAUGUGUAUGCACUUGCAAAGCUUUUGUUGAAGGUGACAAUCUGUUAGGUAUAUUUUGCGUUCAGAUGUACUCGUGCGGAUGUCUCCAGCUUUGAUGACUGUUACUCCAGUGCUCUUCUCCAUUGUCUCUUGCCAGCACAUACUAGUAUAAUCACCAGACACACCACGCCUGAUAUUCUAAACAAUGCUUAAAGCGCUAGCUCCAACACUAGACAGUUAUCUAUCUCACUGGCAGAAAACUUGCUUCACUCACUCAUUUAUUCAGUUAUUCAUUCAUUCAUUCAUUCAUUCAUUCAGUUAUUCAUUCUUUUGAUCAUAGUUUCGUUUAAAGGCUAAGUAGCUGCAAUGCAUAGCUGCUGGAAUUCAGAGAGGAUGGUGGUCAGUGUUGGUGAUGAAGGGGUGAGGUGCAUGAACAUGGGUCGUUGGAUAGGGAAACGCUUGUUUAUGAAUCUCGGACACACAGACACAUCCUCGGAAGUUCUGAGUAGUCUGGUGGUGUUGGAAUACUGCACGUAGGAUGCAGGAGAAUUGGAAUCAACUUGUACCAGGAAGUUUGACAAAAAUAAAGUGUACGAGUAAGUCAUGUGAUUGACUUUAAUGGUCCAAAAUCACUUCCAUGGUCAUUAGUCCAUCUGACAGGAUGCAGGAACUGGUUUGGUGUCUAGACGGACUUGGUGUACGUAUGAAAAUCACUGACGAAAGGGUUUUUGAGCCCUGUCUCUGGUUGGAUGAAAAAUGACAUCGAUCUGACUAGACGCAAAACUACAUGCCUGUUGAAGAGUUCAUAACCACUGUCUCAUCUCCAUGUCCAUCUCUGCCGUACGGGGUCAGGGGCAUUCCAAAUGUUUCUCUUUUUUUCCAUUUCCAUGUAGUGCUGCUUUUUACGACUGAGAAAAAAAGGAGAGGCAACAAAUAAAGUUGAUACUGUGCUGCUGAA